AUGUGUGAAACUGUACUAUCUAAUUCUUCAACUUUUGAGUGUUCCAAUAGUGGUGCUUCUUGCAAUCUCUUUAUUAUCUUUUGGCUUAGGGAAACCGUGUUUUCCUUGUGGUUAAGGUGUACUCCCAUGAAAUCAUAUUCUUUUGUGUUUAACUGUUGGUCCUCAAUAGUGACUCUACAGCUUUGCAAUAUUAUGUAUGUUUUGCCCUCCCCAAACUUCCCACCUUUUCGUGUGGACCACUUAUUCUCAUGUUAUCAAUCCAAAGAUGUAUUUUUUAUAGCUUGGGUACUGAAUACUUCAGCAAUACCAAUAAAGGAUCACCAGCGAGAACUCUUGUAA